GAAAGGAAAAGAAAACGAGUAAUACAGAAGAGGAGAGAAAUAUUGAAAUGGACAGAAGAACAAUAAACAGACAGAAAGACUGAAACAGAGGGAGAAGGGAGAGGACAUGAAUGUGUGAAAUAAGUUGCGCGUGCGCUUAUAUAUAUAUAUAGAGAGAGAGAGAGAGAGUGAGAGAUAUAGACACGUAAAAUGUUUACAGAUAAUAAAGAGAGAGGAAUUGGUUGAGAGAGCUUUUAACUUGUGGGAUGGCAGUACGCAGCUUCCGUUUUGUGGAAUUUUAUUUUCAAAAUGUUGAGAAAUGAUUUGUAGAUUGUUGAGGGUAAUCAUGACCCGAAGAUCAAUUUGGUUUGUAAGAGAAAUCUCCUCUGGAAAAAGGUUUUUAAUACGAACUGGCAAAAUGCAUCGCUUCGUAUUUUUUAGAUUUAGUUGCAUUUGUAGCAGUGCUGACUUCAUUUUCUGAUGCUGUUACCAUGUUGGCUCUAUCACUGUUAUUGCUUCUAUCAUGAUGUGGCUGCAGUGGGUGUUUUUCAUUCUGCAUUCUGUGUCAAAUUGCUAAUUUUCUUCAUCGUUUUCUUCCUUGGAGUGAUUAUAUUCCAUUACCUGGAUAUCCUUGGUGUUAUCUAUACCAUCAACUACUUAGUGCACAGGCAACAAGAUGACACUAAAGUACUGUGCCCAAAAUUUGUUGGUGGCCUCGGUAACCAAAUGUUUCAGUAUGCAUCUCUUUAUGGAAUAGCAAAGAGUAAAAACAUGACACUACUGAUUGAUGCCGAGUGUGAACUCAACCAGUUGUUUAGCAUAUCAGCAGUGACACUGCCUCACGUUGCAUGUUGGUUCUUAAAAACACGCACUGAUUACAGACCCUGUGCCUUCAACAAAGACACCAUGAAUUUUUCUGCUGACCAGAACUACCAGAUGCAAGGUUACUUACAAUCUUGGCAAUAUUUCCAUCGUGCUGAGCCAGCUCUGCGCCAGAUCUUCAAGUUUAAAGCUGCAAUCAGAGAAAAAGCAGAAAGCAUUUUAAAACAAGCUAUUGAGGUUCACCAGAAGCAAGUCAGAAAUCAAGCUCUUACUUUCAUAGCAAUCCACAUCCGUCGAGGUGACAUAACAAAAGACAAUUUCAAGACCUACGGCUAUAAUACAGCUUCACUGGAUUAUAUCCGUAGAGCGAUGCAGUACUUUAGUGAACGUUAUCACAGAAUCCUCUUCUUAGUUUGCACCAAUGACAUGGAGUGGGCUAAGAGGUACUUGCAUAAAAAGAACGUUUACUUUGUCGAGAACCAGCCACGAGAAGUGGACAUGGCAUUGAUGGCUAGCUGCAACCACACCAUCAUGACGGUUGGCAGCUUUGGUUGGUGGUCAGCAUGGUUAGCCAAUGGAGAAGUAGUUUAUUACAGAUACCCAGCUUCUCGGGGAUCAAAACUGCGCAAGGCCUUCAGCAAAGAAAUGACUGAUUAUUAUUACCCCAAAUGGAAACCAAUGUUGUGAACCCCAGUGCACACUCACAUUGGACAAGACUUUCCAGUCUUUUUACAAAUGUUAUUUUUACCAAUGUAUUGCUCAUAUUUUCUCCACAGCACAACUCUAUCCAAUAGAUUAUAACUGGCAAAUUGAACAUAAUUAUUAUUAAGGCAGUGAGUUGGCAGAAUUCUUAGCACAAAUUCUAAGUGGCAUUUCAUUAAUCCUUACGUUCUGAGUUCAUAUUCUGCCAAGAUCGACUUUGCCUUUCAUCCUUUCAGGGUCAAUAAAACAAGUAACGUAAAGACGAAUACCACAAAGCAUUGUGCUAACGAUUCUGCCAGCUUGCUGCAUAAUAAUAAUAAUAAUUAUAAUAAACAAAUUUGCCAAAAGUUUCUAAAAAUGAAAGUUAUGAGGUCAUGGGGUGGUUAAACCAGAAUUCUGCCAUCACAUUUCCCCCCACAAACUUUUAAACAGGUGCUAUAAGGUUAACUAUCGCUCUCCUGUGAAGCAUGACAAUCAUCACUUCACAGAUACUUUUCCUAUUACUGAGGGCAUUCAUUACAGAAACAUCCCAUGCAACACAUUGUGUAACUUCAUCACUGUUGAAACAAGAUAAUCACUGGGUCAGCAUGAAUCUGGCUCAUAUAUAUAUAUUACCAUGUUGCUGUGGACAAGAAUGAUUGACACCACAUCACAUGGCAAUCAUAAAAUCCAAUAAAAAGAUUGUUACAAAAA